AUUAAUAGUACACACCAUUGUAUACAGGUAUUUUAUUAAUAAUGUAUUAUUCAUUAUGAUUUAAUACCUGGGGUAUUUUUUGAUACAAAAUAUUAUAUACACUAGGCGGCGCUGUGUUGUGCGGUUGCCAUUGCACGCACCAGAAAUAAUGACAACAACUAGAAGAAGACAGACACCGACAGUAGUAAAUCAGAUAACAAUGUGUGUUUAGUACAAAUAAAUACCGUAAUUUAGAUGAUGGCGUCGUUCAAAAUCCCACAUCUCUGAAACAUGGUAACUUUGAUCCUUUCUCGAUUGUAUAAUCGUUAGCUGACGGGUGCUAAUAGCUUCAGCCUCUACUUCUUUGAAUGUAAGCGAGCGCCUUGUAGCUUUUGCCACCUGGCCAGAACUAAGAUAAUAUAGUUUCAGUCCAGAAAAACAACAAACAAAGGUGUUGGAAUCGCAAGGUGUGUAGUGUUUUAAAUUAGAUUUCGAGUGUGUGAUGUCUGAGGGAACGGAGAACCAGAAUAUUCCACCCGUGGACAGCGAUGAUAAACACGAUGGACCGUCGUCUGGACCUUUGUCAGGAGAGGAACCGGAGUCCAGCCUGCAGCGUCUUCGGCUCUAUGACCAUGAACCCUCUGCCUCGAGCCUCUCUCCCCCAGCUGAGGCCAGUGGUCUAUUAUCCUUACCAUGGGAACUCAUUGCCUACAUCACUUCUUAUCUUUCUGCGAGCUGCAUCAUCAAUGUGCUGCCAAAGGUGUGCCAGGCUUUAAGUAAUGUGUGCAAGGACAAUGCUGCCCUCCAGCUGCGAGCGCGCAGGCUGGUCGGGUCAGGAGCACGCUUUCCAGUGCAGCUGAGAGAAGACAUCGACUGGCAAACCGUUUGCCUGGAAAUGGAGCAGUUGGUGGCCUGCUGGUUGGGCCUGCGUCACUUUUUCGAGAAACAGAAACCCAAUAAUGAAGAGGAACGGAGAGGAGUUCUGCAGCCGCCGGUGGUGGAAAUGCAAAACCAGGAAAAUGCUUUUCAGGAGUUUGGACCGGGCGAUGAAGAAAUGGAGAUCGCUCUGGAGGCUGAGAAUGGAGAGUUUCCGCCUGCAGUUGAGGAUGAUCUCAUGGCGGGUUUGCAAGAGUGGGAAGAGAGAGCAGAUGUCAAUCUUGAAGACCCAAUCGCUGGUGUGAUGAAUGAUGAGGAGCAACAACGUGUCGGUAACCACCAGGAUGACUUUGCACUCAUCGAGGGGGUCCGCGGAGAUAUAGAUGUAGAGCUGCUACAGAAAAGCUUGGCCUUGAAUCCUGAGCUAGAUCACCUUACGCUACAUUCCGAACACAUUGCCCCGAUCAACUGCGUCCUCCUGUUGGGAGGUGAAGGGGCCAUCUGUGCCACUGGUUCCAGAGACUGGGAGGUGAAACUGUGGGAUCUGAAGCGAGACUUACGGAACCCUCUGCUUCUCACGAUGCGAGGCGAGGGUCAGUUCAGUAGUCACCAAGGCUGGGUCUGGUGCUUGGCGUCUCAGGGAUCUUGGUUGGCGUCCGGGAGCUUCGACGCUACCAUAAGACAAUGGGACCUUCAGGCAUGUGGAGCUGAGAGAGGCCUCAUCAGGACUGGAGCUGGUGUCUUCUGUUUGACCUAUCACAGGGAAUUCUUACUUGCUGGCACAGUAGAUAAGAGGGUCAACAUGUAUGACCUCAGAGCUGCCGAACCGUUGGUGAAAAGUCUGAGGCCUCCCAGAAGCAAUGUCAUGUGCCUGGCGGCGGAUGACAACUACAUCAUUUGUGGGAGCAAAGACGGCAACCUGAGUGUGUAUGACAGCCGGACAAACGCUGUCCUGGGAAAAUGCCAGUUGAGCUCUUACCUCCGCUGCAUGUCCUACGCCGACGGUGAAGUCUGGGGAGGAGACAGCCGCGGUACGAUCCAUUCCUUCUCCGUACAGAGCUGUAAGUUAAAAUCCCUGUCCCGCUUCGGAGUGGGGCACACAGCCAUGGUAACUGGCAUCCACAAGUCCCCUGGGAGCCUCUACACCUGCUCAUUUGAUUCCACCGUCAAGAUUCACAUCCCUUCUGCGCCUCCGAAGACAUUGUGCACGCUGCGACAUAAAAGUGCGAUCAGUGGCCUGAGUGUGGAGGCCGGCGUUCUUGCCGUAGCGUCGGGAGAAACAUGCGUGGAAGUCUGGAAACCCCACAAAUGAAAGUGGAAACCAGUUUGAUAUGUAUCUCGCGGUUCCGUGGAUCAACAUCUUACAGCGUUUUAGUUUAAGGGACGUGUGCAAAACUGUGUGAUAAAUCUUGUGAAAGAAGAACUGUAACUGAUACAUGCUUUAAAUUUGCAACAUAAAUGUCAAGCUAUUCAUCAAUGUGACUCUAAACUGAACACUUGAUCCAUGACUGAAAUAUUGCCACCUCAGCAAUAAAGAUCCCAUCA